GAGAGAUCGACCAAUUCUGGUCGACGUGAAAGGAAUCGGAAGACCGUGCACUUUCACCAACGACGAGAGCAAGCUCCCAGAUUGGUGUAAGAAAGUAGAGGACUACUUGCUCGGAGUCGAGCCACAGCUAGCAGCUGCGCUCGAGUGGGCGCUCGAGCAGGAGGACGAGUUCACGACAGCUGAAACAGUCCUUGCCCUGGACCCCGGCACGGGGCAUGCCAUGGGCAAUAUUGCGGCGCUCAACUUGCAGAUCAAGAGGUUCGACGCGCUGACAGGCGGAAGGCGCCGGGCGCUGCUGCGUGCCAUCUUGCCCCCUCACCGGGUGAAGCUGGAGGAGGUAGGAACAGCUCUCCAGUUGUGGGGGGAUAUGGCCACGCGGCACAACAAGAAGCAACAUAGGCUCGGAGAGGCCCCGAUUGCAGACGUGUACCUGUGCAGCGCACUGGAGGCACUGGUCCCAGAGGACGUUGAGAACCACCUGCAGAUGAACGCGAAUCGCUUGAAAAAGUGCAGCGACAUGCGGGCUGAAGUAGUAGCUUUCUACGAAGCUCGCACAAGGAAGAAAGUUUGCGUGACUCUGCAGGAGCGCAUGGACAGCGCUAGUUCUGGCGGCCCUGCGCCCAUGGACGUCGACAGCCUACAGACAGGCAGAGGCGCGGCCUCCCUCGAGGAAGCAGGAGACCACGGACACGAACCAGAGACGGGGCAGGCCUCCCUCGAGCUAGGUGCGUUCGACGCGCGGGCAGCCCCGCUGUCGGUCGCCCCUGUGGCUGGCGUAGACGACGAGGGGUACGCCAAGAUCAACCUCGACACCGGCGCAGCAGUCACUGCGUUCCCCAGGAGCCAGUUUGGCGGCGGCCACCCAGACGAGAACCACAGAGGUUACGCCACCGCGAGCGGGGAGCGAAUCCCUGACUGCGGAGGGAGCCGGCUCGUGUGCACGGACGAACACGGGCAGCGUCGCGGUAUCACCGGCCGAAAGACAGACGCGCACAAGGUGCUGGCCUUUGCAAGCCACGUCUUCAGUGGUGGAAAGCAGGUGGCGUGGCUGACCGAGGAUGGUGGGCGCAUCAUUCCGUGCGACGGUCCUGUCGCGAAAGCGAUCGCCAAUGUGAUCCAAAAGCACGAGCAGCUUGAGUCUGGGAAGACCAUGCUGCCAGUUUACCAGGAGAAGGGCGCGUGCAACUUCUACCUGAAGGUAUACAGCCAGGAGGAGAUCGGAGUAGUCUCCGAGACGAAGGAAGGCUCGCCGCUUUUCGGGCGGCAGGGCAAGCACCUGCAAGCCCGCUCGAAGCUCCAGCUGCGGGCAGCCCCGCGCCGGAGGAAGCGCAGGCCGCGGGCGGCCCCGCGCCUGCGGCAGCAGGAGCAGAGGCAGCAGCGGCAGGCAGCGCGGCAGGCAGGGGAAGAGCAUGCCGACCCAGUCGUAGUUUCUGAUUACGGCUUCAUGGGGGGCACUGAGCAGGAGGAGACGAUGCUUAUUUUUGUCACCAAGGACCGAACAACCAAGGGAUAUGCAGCGACAGCUAUUCCAAGGAAAGGGGUCAAUCUCUUCAACAUCAAGUUUUUUGCAAGAGCCGUGAAGGAGCUAGGAUGGAAGAGGAUGGUGAGCAAGUCUGAUGGUGAACACAGUCUUGUUGCAUUGAAGCAAGCAGUGUCUGACUCCAUGCCAGGCGUGGAAAUGGUCAUGCAAGAGUCGCCUGUCGGCGAUCACCAGGCGAAUGGUGAGGCAGAAAACGCUGUCAAGGAGGUGAAAAGGACGGCGCCGGUGCUCAAGGCCACCCUGGAAGAACGGAUCGGGAAGAACCUUCCCGUCGACCAUCCUCUCUGGACGUGGCUUCCGCGCCGCGCGGCAGCCUGUUUGCGCAGGUGCAGAAUCGGGCCGGAUGGCCCGACAGCAGAGCAGCGCAUGACAGGCAGAGCUUGGGCCAAGGCAGCGGUCGAGCUUGGAGACAGGAUCCAUGCUCGACCAGCAGUGGCGCAGGAGCCCAGGAGCGGGUUCGCGCCGAAAAUGGUCGAAGGCAGGUACGUGGGUCACCAAUCCCGUACAGGAAGCCUUCUCGUGACGACCGAGACGGGCGCGACGCGCGCCAAGGCAUUCAACAGGAUGCAGGAGGACGAAAGGCUAGAGACGGCGGACGACGGCGCGAUCGCGCCGCCGGCGGUGCAGGCUCAGGCAGCAGCAUCAGCAGGAGCGAGCGCAAGCUCGUCGGCAGUGCCAGCUGCGGGCAGCCCCGCGCCGGCGCCGGCUGCGGGAAGUUCCGCGCCACAGGGGCCAGAUGUGGCCAUGGGGAGCUUGUCAGCAAGAAAAGAGGAGCUCAGACGCAUGUACGAGAGUAGGAUCGUUGAGGCCUAUCGUGCAAACUGCGUCGACUUGCCGUCGUCUGAGCUGGAUGACGUCACCCAGAUGGCUCUAGAGCUAGGAGCCGUUGAGGUGCCAGACGCGCGCCCUGGAGAGCACGCGGGCCGUGGCGCACCUGCCGACAACGUAGGAUUGAGGCCCGGCGUGUGCAUGAACAUGGAGCGCCCACGGCCCGACGGUGCGAAAUGGGAUUUCGCUCGAGAGGAACAUGUCUCUGAGUGGUUCGAGACCCUGGAGCGCGAAGAUCCCUGCAUCGUCGCGGGGUGGGGCGAGGCAGGAGACGGCCGCGCGCCCUUCGCACGGACCCAGACGAGCUUCAUGACCAACGUUCCAGAGCUAGCCGCAGAACUGCGCAAGCAGAGCGCUGGCGGGAAAGGCGGCGGGCAGCCCCGCGCCCAGCCAUUCGUGAAAGCAUGGGUGCUGAUGGCGAGAUGCCCGAUCUGGCCGCAGCAACAGCAGGCCCUGUGCCGGUCGGCCCAGAGCCCUUCGAAGCAGGCAGGGAAAACCCUGAGCGAUGACGAGCGCUAUUGGGGCGACGUGAACGGAGGGUGGCUGGACCCACAGAUGGUUCGAGAAGCGCCGCGGCUAGAAGUAGAGUGGCUGCGCAAGCAGGACGUCUACGAGAAGAGGGCAAUAGAGGGGUGCAGGAGCGUCACAGGACAACCGCCCAUCAAGUUGAUGUGGACAGACACUAAUAAGGGCGACCACGACAAGCCGAACUACAGGUCGCGGAUUGUCGUGCGAGAGAAGCGCGGCAAGGGCGAGGAAGGACGAAAACUACCAGCAGCACUUCUCUUUUCAGCAAUGCCACCGUUAGAAGCAGUCAAGAUUCUCGGCGGCAUGAUGGUCCAAAAGGCGGAGGUCCAGUAG